CUUUUUCCGGCAUCAAUGAAGGUCUCUAUGGUUUCCUCCGCCGAACCGAAACCACCUCCAGCAAAACAAGGAGAGUUAUCGGUUCGGCGACGUGAAGUGAUCACCGGGAUACGGCGGAAGAUCCUGAAGGGUGCAGCCGGUGAUAUGGGCAAGAAGCAUAAGAAGCACAAAGGCGAGAAGCACGGCUAUGAGGAGAAGGGGGAGGCGCGGGCUGCUCCGGAGAACCAAUACGUGGAAAAACCUCUAAAGCUGGUUUUGAAAGUUGGUACUGGAGAGGUGAAGGAACUUUCCACGGCCCGAGCUGCUGCCCUUCCACAAGGCUGCCAUGAAGACAAGUCAGACCAUGAUAAGCACAAAGACAAGAAGAAGAAGAAGAAAAAGAAAACCGAAAAAGUAGCUUCUCCUGGUGAAGAGAAGAAGAAGAAGAAAAAGGAUGAUAAAAAGAAAAAGGAUAAAAGCUCCCAUGGAGGUGACCCGGAUAAGGAGCGCACCCUCCACUCUCAAUUGGGAGCCGAUAUACCAGCCGUGCCUGUUCCAGAAUCUUCUUUGACAAAACCAGAAGAAGAACAAACUCCACUGCAAGAGGCUUUGAAUCAGCUUGUGAGGCAGCUACAAAGGAAGGACCCCAGCUCUUUCUUUGCAUUUCCCGUCACAGACUUCAUUGCGCCUGGUUAUUCAAUGAUCAUUAAGAACUCAAUGGACUUCAGUACAAUGAAGGAGAAGAUAAGGAACGGAGAAUAUGAAUCCAUAGAGGAACUAAAGGAAAAUUUCAAGCUCAUAUGCCACAAUGCCAUGAUUUACAACAAGCCUGGAACCAUUUACUACAAGGCUGCCAAAAAAUUACUGAACUCGGGAAUGAAAAUCCUUAGUCAGGAAAGAAUACAGAGUCUGAAGCAGAGUAUAGAUUUCAUGGCAGACCUUCAGGGCAGCGGAAAAGACAAAGACAAGGGAGACUUGCAGGGUAAUGCGGAGGUAAUGGAAGAGAAGACUGAGGAAUCAAUGGACACCAGUGAUAUAAAGGCUUUGAGAAGUCCUUCCAAAGACGUCAAAAGAAAAGAUAAAGAACUGCAGGAGGACAAACAAAACAAUGGAAACUCUGAGAAGGAGCAGGAGCAGAUUGACCAAAUCAUUAAAGACUCUUUGGGCAAAUUAUCAAAAAGGAUGUUAUCUAGUCAGUUGGAGUUUGAGAGAAGGAAAGCAGACGGGACUACAACACUAGCCCUGCUGAAUCCUGUAGAGACUGCAUUAGAAUCCGGUCAUGGCUCUGCUAUCCUCGGGUCAACAGCUGGUCGACUGCAGUCAGGAGUGAAUUCGUUGCAAGGAUUCAAGGAAGACAAACGCAACAAAGUCACUCCAGUUUUAUACUUGAACUACGGACCAUUUACCUCCUACGCUCCUUCCUAUGACUCAACAUUUGCAAACAUCAGUAAGGACGACUCUGACCUUAUUUACACGACAUAUGGAGAAGAUCCCAAUCUUCAGGGCACUUUCAGCAUAGAAGAUUUCUUGGAGAGUUCAAAAUGCCACCCUUAUGGAAUGGCGGACUGUCUUCUUGAUGCGUUCAGUGAUGGACAGUACUCCAGAACAGAACGGGAACAGAAUACAGCAGCUACAAGUGAACGGUCGGUGAAUCCAGACAGCACUAACAGCUCUGAACAGUUUGCAAGUUUAAAGUCUGUGUUUGGUCUCGGUAUAUUUGAUGAGACCUUUGAUAAUGAAGAAACGGAGAGGUUCCAGAAGAAACUGGAUGAAACCACGGUUUUGUUACGGGAGCUGCAAGAGGCGCAGAAUGAUCGUCUGAGCACAAAGCCUCCUCCUAACAUGGUCUGUCUGAUAGCGCCAUCAGCCAAGGAACUCCAGAUCGCGGAAAAGGUUCAUGAGAACCUGAAGGAAUUGGCCCAGCAGGUCCAUCCAGGGGACAUUGUUAGUGUUCUUGGCAUCCGGAAGGCAAUGGGAAUUGUCUCUCCAUAUGUGAGCACUGAAGAGAUGGUGAAGGAUCUGACAGCAGGUUCUCAAGAUGGCAAAAUGUUUUGUAACAAUGGAAACGAGUGCCCACCCAUGGGAACGUAAUUUUUGAGAGGCAGAAGAACUUGUAAAUUAUUAUGUACCUUAAUCUUUUUUAGUACCAAUAAAAAAGAGGACCAUGGUUUUGAUAAAAAUCUGCCU